GAUUAUGAAUUUGAUAAAGAUGAUUUAGUCCGAAUGUGGAUUGCAUUGGGUUUCAUUCAAUCAACUUAUAAUCCAGGAGAGACUAUGGAAGAUAUUGGAGGAAGGUAUUUUGAUACUUUGGUUAAGAAAUCAUUUUUUGAUAAAUAUGAUAAUUAUUAUAAGAUGCAUGAUUUAUUACACGAACUAGCACAAUCUGUUUCUGCACAAGAAUGCUUCAGAAUUGAGGGUGAAAAUGAGUUGACCUAUAGUAUUCCUGAAACUAUUCGACACUUGGCUAUUAAUUCUAACAAUUUCGAAUUGUUCAAAAAUAUUGGGAAAUUUAAAAAUUUGCAUUCGCUUCACUUAACCUUCAACGAAGAUGAUCAAGAUUUUGUUGAUGUACUUAAUAAAAUUUUUGAAACAUUGAGAACCAUCCGCUUGUUGUGCAUAAACAAUCAACACCUGAAAUCGAUACCCGAGGGAAUUGGACAUUUAAGACAUCUUCGAUAUUUAAAGAUUGCUAGAACUAGUGUUGCUCAACUGCCAAGAUCCUUAAGCAAUCUUUAUCAUUUGAUGUUUAUAAUAUAUGAUAAAGGAGGUUUGUGUAUUUGCAAGGAUUUCUUGCCAAUGAAUUUAAAUAAUCUUUUUAAUCUGCGUUACUUGAAAUUGCCUUGGGAUGUCAUUCAUGGGAUGCAUGCGAUUGGAAAGCUAAAAUCUCUUCAAGGGCUGGAUGGGUUUUAUGUUAAGAACAAGAUUGGUUAUAAAAUUGGGGAGUUGGAGCAUAUGAAUGAUCUUCGCCACUUAAGAAUCAAACUUCUUGAAAAUGUGAAGGAUGCCGAGGAGGCUUGCAGUGCCAAAAUAUAUCAAAAGAGGGAUCUCAUGGAUUUGUCUUUAGAAUGGAAUCACAUUUAUGUCAACGAUUGGGGUCUUAUAAGACCUUGUAGUAUGCCAGACAAAUCACGAAAAUAAUUCAAUUCUUACUUAGAUGUGAAAGUCCUUGACAAU